CUAUAUUAUCUGCAGAUCAGCCAACCAAGGGAGACCAGAUGCAUUUCGUUAGAGCCUGAUGAAUAGGACAACAGCUUACUGUUUCGGUUUUGACCGACUUUGGUUUUCAUGACAAUGGAAUUUUUCCUCCCCAGGAUGGAAAGCAAGAACCUCUUCCUAAGCCUAUUGCUCUGCUACAGUUUGCUCAGAGCUGCCGGUUCUCACAUGGUAAUAGAAGAGAAGACGGAAUGCACCCUGCCAAGGAGCAACAAAAUGAGCCUCCAAGAUCUCCCACCGAUCUCCAUAGUAGAUUUAACUAAAAGAUCCCAGAAAGUCAGCAGGAAAGAAGCAGAGAACAAGAAAUCUUCCAAGAAAAAUGCUGAACCGAAGACAUCUCCAAAACCAAGGCCCACACCAGCUGCUGACUGUGUGCCAAACUUCAAAACCUGCAAACCACACUUGAAUUCAUGUUGUCACUACUGUGCUUUGUGCAAAUGCCGAAUUUUUCAGACCAUCUGCCAAUGUCUAAUGUUAAACCCAAAGUGCUAAGCCAAACUGGGAACACAAUAAGGCUUCUGUCUUUCAUUAGCUUCUCAAGCGUAUAUUUACAAACUGCCCCAUGUGUAUAGCAAUCAAAGUAGAGAGCUUUGAAGCAAACAGCUUGGAUUUGCCCUUCUUAAAAUUAAACGGACAAUGGGAGUUUUUUUUCCAUGGAGUGAAUGCUAUCAAAACAGGAUGAUUUUUCAGGGAGCAGACAACCAGGGAGAUUGACGUUGAAUAGCUAUUUUUAGCAAAACUGAACCACCUUUUAAGAAGAAUUCUGGGUUCUGGUUGGUUUGGGGUUUUCUCGUGUGUUUGGGGUUUUUUUGUUUGUUCUUCGAAGGGUCAUAUUAACCAGAGACUGCAGUUUUGUCUAACUGGCACCAUCAAGCCUGCACCAACGGCACACAAACAGCCACGCUAAACCAGGACCAGCUAAUCCAGUGAGGGACCAAAGCCUGGGUUUGCCCACAAGGGCAGCACAGCACCAGCUGCCAGCACAGCCAAAAUACCAUGUUGAAAAUGCAGGUUUCGGGGUUAACUCCCUUUUCACACACUCAGCAAAAAUCAGGACAAGAAUGUAUAUAGAUUAUUCUACCUGAACAGACAGACCCAAAUCAAUAAGGCAUUUUUAAUCAUCCCCAGCUGAGCAUCGGUACAUCCACCUCCAGGGUUUUUAGUCAUUCUACCAGUAACCAGUAUCGCCAAGGUGUGUAAUACACGUGUAUUUGAACCCAGAAUGUAUCUGUGCCUCAUGACUUAAAAGUCAGAAUUUUUUCCCCAGCUGCAUCCAUAGGAAUAGAGUCCUCAGUCCUUCUUCUCCUGCUGCCAAGGACACAACGCAUAAAGACCCCAAAAGCAGGAACACAUUUCCAAGACUUUGAGGAAGAAAGGAAAGGACAGCAAAAAAUGAAUGUGUAUCCCAUAUGUACAUCUUGAAGAAAACCAUUACAAGCAAUCAGUCUCUUUCUUUGCCCAGCCUUACUAUGGGCAACUCCCAGCAACCCCCAGGCAUGAAUUUAGGGGGCAGUCUCUAUGUUCUGCACCCGACCAGUGGCCACAGGGAGGAAAAACAUUAUCAAAUGCUGUAUCAACCCUUAAAGGCUCGGUAACAGCUCUGAAGAUACGGAUGAAGCUCAAGGCAGCAGCAAACAGGUGUCCAGAAGACAUAUUUCUCCUGUCCUUGAAGCUCUUUGCCUUAAUCUUGAGGUAUCCACGAUGGCACAGGAAGAAAGCCCUUAGUUUAAGUACUAGGAGAGAUGUGGUAGGUCACAGGGAGCAAGAAGGGAGCGGACCCAGAAGCUGUCCCCAACAUCAAAGACUCUUCGUCUACCAGACUCCAGCUCUUGCUUUUUACCUCCUCUGUUCUGUGUCUACAACGUUCCUUCCCCCGACUCCUGUACGUAAUUUUUUCUUCUGCUGGCCUUUCUUGAUUUUAGUAUUUUCCCUUCGGCCCACUGCUAUUGCCAGUCACCACAGGAGCCACGUGCACGCCCAGGGCUAAAACCGUGCCUUCCGUGUUCACUCCGCCUGCCUGCUGGCGGACCACACCGCUGCCCCUGCCAGUGCUCUUUAACUUUCGCAAUCAGAUAUUUUCUAACCUUGAAUUUCUAAUCCAGACACUGCGUUUUCUAAUGCUCUGUGCAGGUCUAAGUAAGAGGCAAUUUCCUUCCUGAUUUAUUUCUAAGCAUAGCUGAGGGCUACAAAAAACUGCCAGGCAGGGAAAGAUGAUACGGAUGACACUAUAAAGGGGUUCAAGGCCUAUGAACUUUUUUCUUCUGACAAUCAACCCAAAGCCAAAACACAGGUCAGAUGUUAACAGAAAUGUUUGUUUGUCUUAGAGAUAUGUAUAGGUGGCAGAGACUAACCUAAGAAAGAGCCCAAACGAUGACUGGAUGUUAUUGCGUUCCUGGUCUUUUAUAAAAUGCAUCAGCUGUCACGUAUGAGGCAAGGUUGAAUUUUUUUAAAUAUACAUAAGUAUGUCUUUAUUCAGAUAUCCUGGCUCAGGAAUCUGUAAGCCAUUCACCUACAAUAAAAAGGAUGGGAAGGAAGAAUGAUACGUUGCAAUGGGCUCAGGAAACAGAAUUUGGCCCCUCCCUUUACUAGGUAAAGAUGUAGGUUCCUAUCAAGUUAUUUCAAAAUUCUCAUAACUAUAAGAAAUUGUCCUCGGUUGAUGCAAAAAACUUAUCAAUAAUCACACAACAACUUCUCUUGUGGCAACAAUAUCAUUUUCUUACCAGAAUAUCCAGUUGGUCAGGAAAAUUAUAUUUUAUCAGGGUGGAGGGGGGCAAGAAGAGAGGAAAGGGAAGGAAGAAGAGCCAGAAACCAAAGAAAACAGCUGUUCUCUAGACAGCAGCUCCCAUUCCAGCUUUGCGGAAUCACAGAACGGUUGAGGUUGGCAGGGACCUCUGGAACUCAUCUGGCCCAACCCCUGCUCAAGCAGGGUCACCUAGAACUGGUUGCCCAGGAUUGUGUCUAGACAGCUUGUGAAUAUCUCCAAGGAGGGAGACUCCACAGCCUCCCUGGGCCAGUGCUCAGUCACCCUCACCACACACACAAAAAAAAAAAGGUAGGUGUUUGGGUUUUCCUGAUAUUUGACUCUCUCCAGUAUGUCCAUGCCUCUCUUGUACUGGGGAGCCCCAAACCGGACACAGUACCCACGGUGUGGCCUUACCAGUGCUGAGCAGAGGGGAAGGAUCACCCCCUUGACCUGCUGGCAACAGUCCUCCUAACGCAGCCCAGGAUCCCUUUAGCUGCAAGGGCACGUUGCUGGCUCGUCUCCAACUUGAUGUUCGCCAGGAGCCUGGGGUCCUUUUCUGCAAAGCUGCUUUCCAGCUGGGUGGCUCCCAGCACGUACCCAUGGCUGGGCUUGUUCCCCGGCGGGUGCUUUCUCCUCGUUGAACCUCAUGAGGUUCCUGCCAGGCCCAUUUCUCAAGCCUGGCAAGGUCCCUCUGGAGAACAGCAGGACCCUGCGGCGUAUCAGCCACUCCUCACAUGUUUGUCACACGCAGACUUGCUGAGGUACACUCCGGGUACACUCUGCCCCAUCACCCCAAUCGUUAAUGAAGAUGUCAGCCAGAGCUUAUGGCCGUCAGGAAAGGAAGCAGAAAGCAUGAAGACUCGCUACGAGGAGGCAGAGACACGGAAGCUGAACCGGCGAAGUACAGGAUGGUGCACGUAUGCGAUGAAGGAAAAGGAAAGAUCCUUUCAUAUGAGAACAAGAGGAUUUGGUUUUCAACACAUAUGCACAUAUUUUUUAACAUAGCGUUUAUAUGUAGUGCCUUUUGACAAAUUUGAUUUAUUAAUAAGCCUUUUUUGUAACUGGAAUUGAUUAGAAAGAGGUUACGCUUUCUUUGCCAUUCAUCUAUCACACCAAAGAAUAUAUAUAUUCAAGUACUCUGGAAUUGUUAUUAGCCUUAGUGACUUUACUUUUCUGGGUAAAGAUCACGUUGCAUGAGGUAUUGAUAGCAUACAGAAAUGAGUAAAACAUGUACACCUAAUAUUUGCUUCCUGUAUUUAGUUUGA